GCCCGCCCUCCCGCCGUGGGGUGCUGCUGGGCGGGCUUCCAGCCCGCGGGGCGCGCAGAGAGCCAGCGAGCUGGGGCCAGGGCUGGGCCAGGCGUGGGUGCACCUUGCUGGGGCGCCAGCCGGGAGCAGGUGAGGAGGACGCUCUGCCAGCCGCUGGGUGGCAGGAAGUCGGUGUGUCCCAGCUGGGUCUGGCCUGUGCCCGCCAGCCCGGGCCCCUGAGCCGGUGACAUACGGGUGAGCGGCGCUGGCCCGUCCUGCCACCUCGCCGGCUGGAGCCCUCGUGCCCUGACCCCCCGGCGCCGGGUCACCCACCGCCCGCGGGCUGCUGGGUGCCUCCAGCCUCACGGAGCCGGACCCAAGCUGGGGAGAGCCGAGGCUCCGAGCCGGUCCCUGGUGUAGCCCGGGCCCCCGCUCUCUGUCCGCGCAGGCGGGUCCUCUAUUUAUCUGUCCUCAAAGAAAGAAUAAAGCCUCCUUUCUUCUGAGCGAGUCCGCGGCCGACGCUCAGCACCGCGGCCAGGCAGAGCCGGCGCCCAGAGAUGCAAAGGCCGGACGCGCCGGGCCCUCGCUUCAAAGGGAAGCUGCGCCAUUGAGAGGUGCAGGGGUCCCCAGCCAGGCUCCCGGGGGGUCGGCGUCGCCGGCCGGCGGAAGGCCCACGCUCUCAGCCGCGCCGUUGGGCUGCGGGGGUUAGUCCGUAGCGCCGCCCACCCACCUGCGGCCCCUGCCCGCCGGGCUGCAGCCAAGGGGCGACGGGCUGGGAGCUCUGGAUGCUGCUGCAGAGCUGGGAGCGCGCACCGGGGGCCAGUCCCGGGGCCGGCAAAGGCGGGCGGCUGUCCCAGCGCGGAGCCAGGAGGCAUGUCCCAGCAGCCGUCGGCGAUCUAGGCCGGCCGUCCCCGCGGAGGGCCCAGCAUGGAGGCCGGGCACAAGGCGCUGCCGGGCGAGGAGGCCGGGGACGGGGCAGAGGACAGCGGCGGGGUCUGGAGCCACAAGCCCCAUCCCUUCUGGACGGCCGUAUUCGACUACGAGGCAGCGGCGGAAGAGGAGCUGACGCUGCGGCGUGGCGACCUGGUGGAGGUGCUCUCUCAGGACUCCACCGUGUCGGGAGACGAGGGCUGGUGGACGGGGAAAAUCGAGGGCAAGGUGGGCGUCUUCCCCUGUGACUACGUGGCCAGCGGCCCCCCGUGCGGGCCCUGCCCUCUGCCGCUGGAGAUCUCCUUCCAGGAGCUGCUGCUGGACGAGAUCAUCGGGGUGGGGGGCUUCGGGAAGGUCUACAAGGGCGCGUGGCGGGGGGAGGAGGUGGCGGUGAAGGCGGCGCGCCAGGACCCCGACGAGGACAUCGGCGCCACGGCCGAGAGCGUCCGGCAGGAGGCCCGGCUGUUCUGCAUGUUGCACCACCCCAACAUCGUUGCCCUGAAGGCCGUGUGCCUCCAGCCGCCCAACCUGUGCCUGGUGAUGGAGUACGCCCGGGGCGGCCCCCUCAGCCGAGCCCUGGCCGGCAGGAAGGUGCCGCCGGACGUGCUGGUGAACUGGGCCGUGCAGAUCGCCCGCGGCAUGAACUACCUGCACAAUGAGGCCGUGGUGCCCAUCAUCCACCGCGACCUGAAAUCCAUCAACAUCCUGAUCCUGGAGAAGAUGGAGGACGGGGAGCUGGGCGGCCGCACGCUGAAGAUCACGGACUUCGGGCUGGCCCGCGAGUGGCACAGGACCACCAAGAUGAGCGCGGCCGGCACCUACGCCUGGAUGGCGCCAGAGGUCAUCCGGCUCUCGCGCUUCUCCAAGAGCAGCGACGUCUGGAGUUUUGGGGUGCUGCUGUGGGAACUGCUGACCGGGGAGGUGCCGUACCGGGAGAUCGACGCGCUGGCCGUGGCCUACGGCGUGGCCAUGAACAAGUUGACGCUGCCCAUUCCCUCCACCUGCCCCGAGCCCUUCGCCCGCCUGCUGGCAGAAUGCUGGGACCCCGACCCACAUGCCCGGCCACCCUUCGGGAGCAUCCUGGGGCGGCUGGUGGCCAUCGAGCACUCGGCCAUGUUCUCCAUGGCCCUCGACGUCUUCCACUCGCUGCAGGACGACUGGAAGCUGGAAAUCCAGCACAUGUUCAGUGAACUGCGCACCAAGGAAAAGGAGCUGCGGAGCCGGGAGGAGGAGCUGCUGCGGGCGGCCCAGGAGCAGAAGACGCAGGAGGAGGAGCUCCGGCGGCGCGAGCAGGAGCUGGCCGCCCGCGAGAUCGACAUCGUCCAGCGCGAACUGCACCUGCUCAUGGACCAGCUGCACCAGGAGCGGCCCCGGGUCAAGGGGCGCAAGGGCCACUUCAAACGCAGCCGCCUCAAGCUGCGGGACGGGAACCGCAUCAGCCUGCCCUCAGGCUUCCAACACAAGAUCACGGUGCAGGCGUCGCCCACCCUGGACAAGCGGAAAGGCACCGGAGCCAACGGCACCAGCCCCCCUGCGAGCCCCAUCAUCAUCCCCCGCCUGCGGGCCAUCCGCCUCACGCCCGUGGACGGCAGCCAGACGUGGGGCCGCAGCGCGGGGCUGAAGAAGGAGGAGCUGGGGGGCAACAAGAAGAAGGGGCGCACGUGGGGGCCCAGCUCCACACUGCAGAAGGAGCGGCUCGGUGGGGAGGAGCGGCUGAAGGCUCUGGGCGAGGGCAGCAAGCAGUGGUCGUCCAGCGCCCCCAACCUGGGCAAGUCCCCGAAACGUGCCCCCAUGGCAGGGGGCUUCGCCAGCCUGACGGAGAUGGAGGAGUACGCGGAGGCGGAGGGCAGCACCCCCCACUCCCCCUACCCGCCCCUCCCCCUGCCGGGGGGCGAGGACCAAGCCCCCGGGCCCGCGGACGAGCUGCCCCCUGGCGCCGAGGGCCUGCACCGAGCCGGGCCCCACAGGCGCAGCGAGUGGGCUCUGCUGGGCUGCGCCUCCGUCCUGGCCUCCGUGGGGCUGGGCAGCGACCUGCUGGAGCUGGGCCGGGAGUUGGCGGGGGGCCCGUUCCCGCGGGGGGGCUGCUCCCGGCGGGGCGAGGGGCCCCCCAGCUCCCUCACGCUGCUCUCGCUCUCCUCCCUCUGCGAGUGCAACUCCACCAAGUCCCUGCUGCCCGCGGCCGAGGAGCCGCCCGGCCCGGCCCCCCGCCCCACGGGGCCCCCCCCAGCGCCCCCCGCCCACAACCCCCUGCUGGACCUCCGGGCCGAGAGCUUCAAGAGGGGCCCGCGCCAGUCGCUGACGCCCACCCACGUGACGGCCGCCCAGGUGGUGACCCGUGGGCACCGACGCACGCCCUCAGACGGGGCCCUGCGCCAGGCUGCGCUCAGCCAGCAGGGGGCGCCCACGGCCGGCUCCCAGGAGACCCUGGACCCCCCCACGCUCUUCCCACCCCCGGCACGGCGCAGGCCCCCUGAGAAGGACCCGGCUGUGGAGCGCCCCAAGACCCUGGAGUUCGCGCCCCGGCCCCGCCCCUCGCCCUCCCGCUCCCGCCUCGACCCCUGGAAACUCGUCUCCUUCGGAAGGACUCACCGCGCGUCCCCGGGCAGCGGGUGCGAGACGCAGGGGGAGCAGGGCAGGGUCGGUGGGGAGCCACCGGACCCCGCCAGUGCCCGCCAGACGCUGCUGGACAUAGACAUGGAGGGUCAGAGCAAGGACAGCACGGUGCCCCUCUGUGGGGGGGCACUGCACUCCAGCAGCCUGGACGCCGACAUGUCCCAUUGACCUGGCACUGCGCCCCCCGGAGACCAGGGAACCACCCAUGAAUGUACACCCCCCCCACAGCCGGUGUGGGGCACCAGACCUACCUGGGGGCGGGGGGGGCCUCUUGGAUGGACCAGCCUCUUUACUGUGCGCCUGCUCUACCAUCCCCCACUCUGCUGCUGACCCCAUUCCCCACCCUCAGCAGGCUGAGAUCCCACCGCACCCACCAACCGCUCCAAAGGUUCUGCUGUGGGAGAAGCUGCUGCCCCAGAGAAGCAGGGUUGGGAAGGGAAUUGUGGGGGAGGGGAGCAUGUGUAUUUAUUGAUGGGGGGUUAAGAACCCCCACCCCUAUUUAAAUUCCAUGUGGUGUUUGUAAAAAAAAAAAAAAAAAAAAGA